UCUGUGUCUCCCUCUCUGCCCCUCCCCCACUCACACUCUGUCUCUCAAAACUAAAUAAACAUUAAAAAAAAUUUAAAACACAGGUAUGUAGACUUUUGUGUGAACAUAGGCUUUCGGGGAGUCAUAUGGUAAACUUCUGUUUAAUUUUAUAAAAGCGCAAUGAUCUUUUUUAAAGUUUAAAUAAAUGUGUUUUGUAUUCACCCACGUUGACCACCUCCAGCACCCCUCAUGUUUUGUGUGGGUAAAUUCGAAAAUCGAAUUCCUUCGGUCUACAGAUACUUCUAACAGUGAAAGUUUGCUGUGAAUGCUCUGUCCCUCUGCUUGUCUGAACAGAGCCUUUAUUUUGCCUUCAUGUUGGAAAGGUAUUUUUGCUGGGAUAGAUUAAUCCGAGGCUGACUGUCUCUGCUUGUCACUCCACAGGGCCUCGGGCUAAAGCCUUUGGCAAGUCGGAACUGGAGGGAUCACACACCCACUUCUGGGACCGCACGGCGGCGGGACAGCCCCGAGGGCCACAUUCCCCCAGCCAAGGCCUCUCACAUCGGGACACUUUAGCGCGACGCUGGGCCCCCGGAACAGUUCAGGGCGAGGGGAGGCCGAGGGAGGUGGGGAGACGUGGCAGCGAGGCCCCAGGAGGGCCAGCUGUUGGCCUUCGGGUUCACUGGAAACCCUCAGAACUAGCUCAACCCUCCUGACCCAGGGCCGAGACCCGCCUCAACCAAGCGCACGCGGUCCCCAAAGCCCUGCCCCCUUCGGCCUCCGAACUCCGCCCCCAACGCCGGUGGGCGUGGCCCGAGACACCUCAGAGCGUGACUCCCGCCGCCACCCCGACUGCAGCGCUCCACGCCCGGGGGCGCCAGAGUGGCCAGCUGCCGCCGCCGCCGCCAAGUCCCGGCCCCUGUCGCCGCGCGGGCCGCUUCGGGGGCCCCGGCCUGACCCGCCACAGUGCUGGGCACCUUGGAAAUGGGGCGCCGCAUGGACGCCCCAGCCAGCGCCGCGGCCGUGCGCGCCUUCCUGGAGCGCGGCCACACGGAGCUGGACACGGCCUUCAUGUACAGCGACGGCCAGUCCGAGAGCAUCCUGGGCGGCCUGGGCCUCGGGCUGGGCGGCGGCGACUGCAGAGCAAAAGUCGCCACCAAGGCCAAUCCCUGGGAAGGGAAAUCGCUGAAGCCUGACAGUCUCCGGACCCAGCUGGAGACAUCGCUGAAGCGGCUACAGUGCUCCAGGGUGGACCUCUUCUACCUGCAUGCCCCUGACCACGACACCCCCGUGGAAGAGACGCUGCGUGCCUGCCACCAGCUACACCAGGAGGGCAAGUUUGUAGAGCUUGGCCUCUCCAACUAUGCUGCCUGGGAGGUGGCCGAGAUCUGUACCCUCUGCAAGAGCAGCGGCUGGAUCCUGCCCACCGUGUACCAGGACAUGUACAAGGCCACCACCCAGCAGGUGGAAAUGGAGCUCCUUCCCUGUCUCAGGCACUUUGGAUUGAGGUUCUACGCCUACAACUCUCAGGCUGGUAUGGGCUGCUGUGUGGACAGGCUCCCCCUGGGCGGGAGGGCAUUCCCGGCCCCUGUGUCUGACUAUUCCUGACAUAGUAGAUGCCCGGCCCAGGACUUGGGAGGCUGGGCUGGGUCCUCCGGCUCUCCUGGGUUCCCUGCCAUCCCCCCGCCAGUCUGGAACAGCUUGUGGGAGUG